AGUUUCAGUGACAUAUUUAAUGGUUCACACCUCCUCUCAUCAUCCUACAGAGGCAGUGAAAUUUCUUUCCAAGUUACAGGUCCAUUCUCAGCACACGGUGACAACAUGCUGGUGACUCUCUGUGCUCUCAUCACUGCUCUGACAUGUGUGAGUGGUGUGACGGUACUGACACAGAAACCUGUUUUAUCAGUGAGGAAAGGAGAGACAGCCACCAUGGACUGUAACCUGGGGACUGUUACUAGCUAUGCUGCUGCCUGGCAUAAACAGAUUCCAGGAGGAAGUCCUCAGCAUGUGCUGAGGAUGUAUCAUAGUUGGAGUUCACCAUACUAUGGCUCUGGAUUCUCCUCUCCAAAAUUCACAUCCACUCAUCAGUCAACAUCAGAUUAUCGUUUGAUCAUCAAGAAUGUGGAGGAGGGAGACUCUGCAGUCUAUUACUGUCAGACAUGGGACGGCUCUGCUGUAUUCGGACAAGGCACCAAGCUGAUUGUGACAAGCUCCAGCCUCCCUCCUCCUGUCCUGACAGUCUUCCCUCCGUCCAGUGCUGAGCUCCGGUCCGACACAGCUUCUCUGGUCUGUCUGUCCAGUCAGUCUGUGCCUUUUGCAGAUGUGAGCUGGUUGGCUGCUGGGAGUCCAGUGAGCAGUGAGAUCUCUACCAGCACUGCUGUUCAGAGACCAGACCAGACUUACCAAAUCAGCAGCUUUCUGACCAUCCAGACAUCAGACUGGAACAUGAAUAAGGUUUAUACAUGUAAAGUGUCUUUGGGCUCACAGACUUCAGAGAAAACCAUCAAGAAGUCAGAAUGUCCCACUGAAUAGUCGAGGACCAGAAUGUGCAUUUAAAAUUGGCUUGUCUACUGCUGUUUGCUAAAAUAUAUUCAUGUUGGAAAUCUGAAUAAGGCAUAAGAUUUACACCAUGAGUAUAUUUUCUUGUCAUUACUGCAUAGUUUUAGGAAUUCGUGUUUUGCUGUCUUUUCCCUUAUUUUAAUAAAAUGCAGUUUAAAAUAUUCAUACAUGAAUUUUUUUUAAUUUUACAUAAAAAAA